UCGUGCAGCGGAACAGCGUCAACCGCGGUCUUCGCCGCAAAUUGCGACUCGCGAUCAUCAUCUUCCUCAUCAUCGCCACCGCUCUCGCUUUCGACUCGCGUGCGUUGUGCAAUCCGCGAAUCGCGGUUCUUAAUUGUGCUCUGUGUGCUGCCGCUCCUUGUUACGGUAUCCGCGUAUCGCAGCGUAACGUCGAGGGAUCACUCCGGCGAAGGAGAGACGACCGGAAAUCUAGGAAAACGGCUCCGUGAACGAUGGUAUCCUCGACAGUGACGGAGGACGGGCAGCAGGUGUGCCCGGUGAAGAAGUGUGGCGCGGUGGGCAUCGCGCCGGGCGAUUAUCGCCUGGUCGGCUGGGACAUGGACACCACCGGCAAGAAGGUCAUCGACGAGAUCUGCCAGAUAGCUGCGUACACCCCCGGCUCCUCGUACUCCCAGUAUGUGAUGCCGUACAAGGAUCUCAAUCCGACCGCCAUAAAACGUCACAGUAUGAAGGUCGUGACCAACGGCAAAUUCCGCGUGCUCAGGAACAGCAAGACCAACGAGGUGAUUAAAUCAAAAAGCGAGGUAUCGGCACUGACGGACUUCCUGACCUGGAUGGAGACCGUAAAGGAGAACGCGGAUGGCGUAAUUCUGGUUUACCACGAGCCGCGCAAAGUCAUUCCCGCGAUGCUGCUCGAGUCAUUGAAGAAGUACGAUCUGGUCGAUCGGUUCAAGCAGACGGUUAAGGGAUUCGCGAAUGGAUUCAACAUCGCCGAGGACAAGUGCGCGAACUCGGCACACAUUUAUUCUCUUCGAACUCUAUCACGCACGUUAUUAAAGAAGGAAUCGAACCUGGGCAACGCGCAAGAUAGGGCGGCGCUGGCUUUACAAAUAGCACAGUACUUAUGUUCAAUCGAAGACAUGAAGGCUGAAGAGGCGAGCGGGAAAGAGCAGAGCGAAGAGAACAGCGAGGCGAUUUUGAAGAAAACGAUCGAAAUCACCCGGGAAUUCUCGCAACCCGUCGACAUCGAGGAGCAAGAGCACAGCGAACUAAAGAUGAUAUUUGAGCGGCAAAACAACUUGCGGCCGAUAUUCAGCGCUCUGUUCCGUAUGAACCGACGCGAGCGUCAACACGCUAGUCCCCUGCGGCGAUUGCUUGCCGAAGCCGGGAUCGUGUACUCGGAGCUACAGGACGCGUGGACCAACGCGAAGAAGGAGGGAUUGGAGAGCCUGGUGAAGGAGAAGCUACCGAAGGUCGACGAGAAGAAGUUGGAGGAUCUGAUGACGAUUCUCGAGCGUCACUUCGACCCAGAGAAGAAGCCAAAGAGCAAAACGCUGGAGAAGAAGGGCGUAAAGACGAAAACGGAGAAGAAGAUAAACGAAGACAAGGAGAACAAUAACAAUAAGAGUGACUCGGGCCACGAUAGUCCCGACACCACCACGUCCGGCUCUCCCGUCAAGAUGAGUGACGACGGCGUCGAAGUUAAGACGGAAGAGUGCGCCAAUCAAGUUUAACGGCGCCACGACGUGUUUUUACACGCCGCAACGCGGGAGCGCUUCCCGUGACUGCAUUGCGUCUUCAUCGCGCGCCGUAACUUCACUGAAAGAAGCUCGUGCGGAUUCUUUAAUAUUUUUUGUUGCCACAUUUCUCGCGGACGGACAAUCGAAAUUUGAUGAAGCAACACGCAAGCGAAUGACGACGAACGUAGAUUUAGCGCGUCGAGAUAGGAAUACGACUCGCACUUUAGCCAGAUCUAUUUACGUUUAAAGGCGCGCUGCGUUUCGUAAAAUGCAGCUAAAUUUAUGUUCCUCCCCCCCGUUUGAAGAGGGUCGCGAAGGGAUCCCCCUCCCUCCCGUUUUACGGUAAACUCUAGGAUAAACGCGUUAGGACACGAGAAAUCGCGAUCGCAUCGAGAACGAUGAGACGAGUGUUAUUUGUUAAGCAGUAUUGUAUUUUCCUUUUUUCUCUUUCUUUUUUUUUAGUUUUGUUCGCCGGCAUCGAGAACAAGUGAACUCCGAUUCCUGACACGCCGCCGAACAGCUAGUUAGAUGAAAUGUACAAAUAACACGUUAAGCGACAGGUUUAGUUAACGCGCAGAGAUAUAUUUAAUACCGUUUAAUACGUUUAAUAAUUUUAUACUCGUUUGUUUUCUCCUUCCCUCUUGUUUCCUCUUUUAUUUAUCCUGAAAUUCGUACGCCCCGCCCUGUCCGUGGUGGGAACCGUUCGUUUAUAGACUGCUAAGCGUAAAGUAAAAAGCGUUAAAAGCAUACGGAAGGUAAUCGCGGGUUUUGUUACUCGCAUAGUUCACGACGUGUACUGCUAGUGCACGAUAUUUUCUACUUUUUAACGUUUAAGCCGCGUGCGCGCGCGAAGCGCGUGUGAUAGUAUUAGGAGAGAGAGAUAUAUAUAUUUUUGUAUUGCCGCGCAAUAAUACGCCAUUUCGUUUCUGCUGUGAGAUCUCAUAAAAAUGUUGGAUAAUAAAGAUUCGUGUUUAUUUGCGAGUUUUAAUUCUUUAUCUCGCCAACAAUCGCGUUCGCUAAUUAUAUUUACCAUAAAUAUCGUUUUAACGAAUGAAAUUUUGUAGUCAUUCUCUGCGGCUUUAGCGUCGAUAACGUGCUCAAUUAGAUUUUGGACCUCCAUUUAUGAUAUACAGAAAUGCAUAUGUAAAUUUUCGGUUAUCCGAUUCAAAAAUCGCGAACUGAUUGUGUACCGAUAAUCGGAGCAGCGGCCACAUUUAACAUUUAAAUGUGCAAAACGUGGAUCUAACAGUGGAAAUAAGUGUACUGUUAUUUUCGAUUUCGCUCUUUGUUUUCUUUCUCUCUCGGAUAGACGCUAGCAAAGUUAUUUCAACGCACACUUUAAUUGCCAAUGUAAUCCAAAGCAACACUGGGAAUCGACGUAGUUCUCAUCUGGGUGUGUCAUUCGAAUGGCAUUCAUUCUGUUCAUACAUUAAAUGUGGACGUUCAUUUUUGUUUUAUAUCGUGCAUUUGCUCGAUGACAGCGAUGCGAUAUAUCGGUAGUGAUAUUUUUGUAAUCGACAUCGUAUAAAGACAUGCCUAUCCUACAAUUUCUAUACAACUAACAAUAAAGAUAUUGUCGGUUUUCUUAAUAU